AUGAAAAUUUCCAUAUUAUACGCACCAUUCUUAGCAGCCACUGCGUGGGCAACACCAGCAACUCUCACUAAGAGAGAAAAUAUGGACGGUGAUAUCUUACAAUAUGCACUCACCCUUGAGCACCUUGAGGAUGCUUUCUAUAAAGACGCACUUUCCAAGUGGUCGGUCGAUGAUUUCACUAAAGCGGGGUUCAGCAAUGACUUUUAUAACCAAUUGAGAUACAUUUCUUAUGAUGAAGCUACGCAUGUCAUGUACCUUGAAAAUGGCCUUAAGGCUGCAGGUUUGAAACCGGUAGAAGCAUGCGAAUACAAUUUUACUAUGAGCUCUGUAAAGGACUUCGUUUCACUUGCUGCCACGAUUGAGGGAGUUGGUGUUUCUGCUUACAUUGGCGCCAGUCCGCUUGUAACAUCAAAAGAUUAUCUUACAGCUGCCGCUUCCAUUUUGGCAACAGAAGCAAUCCAUCAAUCUGCUGCUCGUAACGCUGUCGGCGAACUUCCUAUGGCAAAUCCCUUCGGAACCCCCAUGGGAUUGAACGCAAUCUAUACUAUAGCUUCUGGAUUCAUUAAAAAAUGUCCAUCUUCCAAUGCUGCUCUUCCCGUUAAGGCUUAUAAGGGUCUUACAGUCUCUAAUAAUAUGCCGCUUUCGACUGGUGAAAAUGUUUCCUAUACUGUUGAAGGUGAUCUUCCAUCAGAAUGUUACGUCACAUACAUUAGUGGUUUAGAUGUUCUUCCUGUUAAGGCUAGUAUGUCUGAUGGCAUGAUCAUGUCUACUAUCCCAAAAGAAGCCUCGGGUCAAUCGUACGCAUUUAUCACUUCUGACAUGUCAGGAAAUUUAACAGAUUCUUCUAUCUUAUUCGGGCCUGCUAUCUUAGAAGUAAGUGCUGAAGAUAUUUCUCACAUGGCUCCGAAUUCAAGUAUGCCAAGUAAUUCAACAAUGACUAUUCCUGGAAAUUCGAAUAUGCCGAUGUCCUCAAGCUACAUGGGAAGCUCCAUGCCAUCUGUAGAAGCUAUGGAUAAUUCAGCUGCUUCCACAAGCUCGUUCUCUUUAACAACCUUUUUUGUUGGUGUUUUAGCCGUUUUAUAUAUUUAA